UUGAAUUGGGGUACGAGUGCUCAGACACAGAUCACACUAGUUUAGUGAAGAAUGGAGACGAGACGUCCAGCGGUUUCCGCCGUGUCCGUGGGGGCGGUGGUGCUGAUCCUGGUCUGGUCGCCGGCGGCGGCCGUAGCAAGCGGUGGCUGGAUGGACGCGCACGCUACAUUCUACGGUGAUGAGACCGGAGCUGAGACCAUGCAGGGUGCGUGUGGGUACGGUAACCUAUUCGAGCAGGGGUACGGGCUGGACACGACAGCGCUGAGCGUGGCCCUCUUCAGCGACGGCUGGUCCUGCGGCGGCUGCUACGAGAUCCAGUGCCACGGCGACCCCCACUGCAAGCCCGGCGGGGCGCAAGUGACGGUGACGGCAACCAACCUCUGCCCGGCCAACUACUCCAAGCCCUAUGAGAACUGGUGCAACCCGCCGCUGAAGCACUUCGACCUCUCCAAGCCCAUGUUCCUUCGCCUCGUCACCGACUUCCACGUCGGCAUCAUCCCCGUGCAGUACCGCCGCGUGCCUUGCGCCAAGAAGGGCGGCAUCAGGAUAGAGAUGACGGGCAACCAGUACUGGGUCGGCGUGCUCGUCUUCAACGUCGCCGGACCCGGCGAAGUCAAGGUGUUGGCCGUGAAAGGGGCCAAGGACGGGCAGUGGCGGAACAUGAAGAGGAACUGGGGGCAGAUCUGGGACGGACAUGUCCAAAAUCUCGUCGGUCAGGGGCUCUCGUUCCGUGUGGUCGCAAGCGACGGCCGCUCCGUCGUCCUCGACGGCGUCGUGCCGGCAAGCUGGACGAUCGGCCAGAGCUUCGAGGGCAAAGGGCAAUUCUGAUAGAUCGACCACCGUA